UAGCAACACAAAAAGUAUCUACUCUCUAGUAAUCCCAACAACAUGGCAAUGCUCAUCAAGAACAAAAACAUGGCCUUCUCACUGAUAUUGAUGUGUCUUAUGGUGGUGUCUCCAAUGGCUAAGGCUCAACUUGGUGGGCUUCUUAGCGGGCCUAGUGUCAUCAAUAUCCAAGGGGCUGUCAUGUGCUCUAUCAAUGGCAGCGUCGCUACUAAUGCUACUUCCAUUCCUUUCGCCGGUGCGCGAGUUCUGCUUCAGUGUGCUGGGCAAAAUAUUACAACUACAACUACGGACGCUAAUGGAGUAUUCUCGUUUUCUCCCAACCUAGCACUUCUUAACUCGCUUUCAGCACUCCUCUCCUCCGGUUGUAGGGUCAUCGUCACGACUCCUCUCUCUGCAUGCAACGCCAACCUCCCUACCAACAGCGUCCUCAUGGCCACGGUAAAUCUCGCCGGAACCAUCCUUACCGGCGGCAUCAACAUCUUACAGUUCGUGAAUGGCCUCUUUAGGCUCAUCUAACUGAUUUCAGACCAAUUAUAUAUCCCUUCUUGGUUCGGUUACGCUGUUUUUCCCUUCUGUUGUUUUAUGUUUUGUGUCAUGACCAUUAAAGUUUGCAUGCAUGCAUGAAUAAGGUCUACGCGUAAGUCUCUGUCUUCAAAGUAUUGUGGUUGUAACUUCUUUU